AUGGAUCCGACUUUUUUCUUAUAUGUGAGUUCCAGUGAAAGAGAUGGAGAAGAAAAAAUAGUGCGGAGGCAGCUAAGAGAAAAGAGCAAUUCUUUGGCACUCCCAAACACAGCGUUCCUUAAACGAUUCCGUCUGACCAAAGAGGCCUUCGAAUUUGUUCUACAGGAAAUAAAUUUAACGAAAUCAGACACCAAAGCGGUGCCUCCAGUGCUACAACUGGCAGCUACACUUUCACUUUUGGCUAGCGGUGGGUACCAGCACAUUGUUGGCAGCGACUAUUUGAUCGGUAUGGGCCAGAGCACUGUUUCGAAGUUAACAUCCCACGUCCUGAAAGAAAUGGAAAGGAAGUUAUGCCCGCAGUUAAUACGAUUUGCGCCAGAAGAUUCACUUGGCUGCAAGGAGUGGUUUGUGGAGCAGUACAAAGUACCUGGAGGGUGCGUUGAUGGCACUCACAUCGGCUUGCAAAAACCUACAGCAAACGAGCACAUGUACUUCAAUAGGAAAGGCUAUCAUAGCAUCAACGCAAUGGUAGUAAGUAGCUAUUACAAUAUAUUGCUUGAAUAA